CGCAAUUGGCAAUGGCUACAGCACGUCGGGCAGCUGUCAAUGACAUAUUCGUUUGCUUCGUGUAAAUUUUGUGAUGUACAAUUUUCAAAUCCGUCUGUUUAUCAAUGAAUAUGGUUUACAUUAAUAGAUAAUGAUUAUUAUUAUAUUUGGCUAUUCUACUAAAGAGAGUAAUAGUGUAUAAAAAAAUUGCACAGUGUUUUUUGUUAUAAUGGAGGAUCUCAAUUUGACAGAAACUGAGAUGAGAUAUUUCGGUGAUUUGUUUGUGUGUUGUGACGAAGAGUCCAAUGGGAAAAUACCGAUUCUGAAAGCGACUGAGUUGUUUAGAUCAUCCAAUAUACCGAACAAUAUAUUAUGCCAGAUCAUGGAAAUCAGCGUAGCUCCAAAUAACUAUGCAACUCUAAAACAUAUGAAUAGAAAACAAUUUUAUUCAGCACUCAAAUUAAUAGCAGCACAUCAGACAAAUAUGACAAUAAAACCUGAACUGAUAUCAACACCCCUGGAUCUCCCUCUGCCAAGAUUUACUUGGGAACUCAGUACUGUAGGCAACUCUGAUCUAAUACAAUUGUCAAAUUCACCCAAAGAACAGUAUUUACCUAAACGUGAGAGAAAUUUUGGGAAUCUCGGUGCAUAUGAACCCAUUAGAUUGUCAUCUAAUUUGUCAGACAGCGAUUUGCCACAAGCUUUGUCUCAUGAUGCUACAGAAGGAGUGAGUACUGAUUCAGAAAUAGAAUCGGAAACUAUGUCACAAAGAUCAGGCUCAUGUGGGAGGAGAGGUAAGACUGGGUCACCGUGGAGUACGGCGAGUGAGAGCCCCACGCCGACCAACAGCGUGGCGGAGCGCGUGCACCCGGUGUGGGAGCAUAGUGCCACCGGACGCGGGGUAUGGCCUACCAACACAGCUGAGGAGCAUACGCGGUUAUUAGGUACGGAAGAAGAGUCUUCGGACCGACAUUCAUCUGAGGAAGAGGGCGAGGGCGAGGAGGGCGCGACGGGGGGCGCGGCGCUGUGGGCGGUGAGCGAGGCGCAGGCGCGCCACUACGCCGCGCAGUUCGCGCAGCUGCGCCCCGAGCGCGGCCUGCUCUCUGGACACACCGCCAGAAUGUUCUUUGAAAAAUCUCGCCUGUCGGUAGCCGAUCUAAGGAAAAUAUGGACAAACAUGACCGAUGACACGAUCGCCGCGGUGUGA